AUGGCCAGAGGGCAGCAGAAAAUUCAGUCACAACAGAAGGCUGCCAAAAAAGCACAAGAUUUGAAAAGAGCUCAGGGAUGCGAUCAAAAGACUGCAGCAAUGAAAGCUCUAACGCAUAAGUGUACUGUAUGUAUGGCCCAGAUGCCAGAUCCAAAAACCUAUAAGCAGCAUUUCGAAAAUAAACAUCCUAAAGCCCCUGUGCCACCUGAACUUCUCGACGCGUAA